UAGAAGGCAAAGUCGUGGGUCAGUUUGCUUAACAUCUUAUCGCCUUCAAAGUUUCGGCCGUCUCGCUGCCAGGCCACGAGCAUAUACGAUCGCUUAUCACCCGCGAGUAUGUAUUCUUUUAUCAUUUUAUUGUUCAGUAUUUAGUCAGUACCUAAUUCAGUUAUAAAAGUGCAGCAGACGUGUAUGCUCGGUCAUUAUUUCGCUUCGGUUGACAGUCUUGACGUUUUCGUUGUGAAUUGUGAUUGCGAAUAUACGCGAAAGUAUACUUAAUAUAAAUUUAUCGAGAAAUUCAAUCGAGUAAUCACUUUCAGUCUUCGUGAAUCUUGAUUCGAGUUUCUACGUACAUUCGUCAGUUCUCUCGUGAAAAUCGUACCAAUUUGAACGUUCGCGUAGUGAUCGUGUGUGAUAUAAAAAUACUCGAAGAAUGGAAUCGGUGAAUAUUUCAUUGGCUGGUUGCGGAUUCCUGGGUAUAUAUCAUGUCGGAGUGGCUUCUUGCAUUAAAAAAUAUGCUCCUCAUCUAUUCAUGAAUAAAAUAUCCGGUGCUUCGAUCGGUGCGUUGGCUGGAGCUUGUUUGCUGACCGAUGUUUCGCUGGGUGUUUUCACCAGUGAAAUGUUGCACAUUAUUUACGAAAUUCGUCGCAGACCCCUGGGACCAUUUAAUCCUUUAGUCAAUGUGCAAACCAUGUUGCGCAACAUAUUAAUCAAUCAAAUGCCUAAAAACGCAUACGAAACUCUCAGUGGACGAUUGUUCAUAUCGAUGACGCGAAUCUACGAUGGCAGUAAUUACAUAGUGUCGGAGUUCAAGUCGAAUGAGCACCUAAUCGAGGUGUUAUUGGCCAGCGCUUUUGUACCUGGAUUUUCUGGCUUCAUUCCACCUAAACUGGGAGAAUAUCGUUAUAUCGACGGCGGAUUCAGCAACAAUUUACCUAUUUUGGACGAAAACACUAUCACUGUAUCUCCUUUUUGCGGCGAGUCUGAUAUUUGUCCGAGAGAUGCUUCAGUGCAAUUGUUUCACGUAAAUUUAUGCAAUACCAGCGUCGAAGUAUCGAAGCCAAAUAUUUACAGAUUUGCAAGAAUUUUAUUCCCACCAGGUCCAGAAGUUCUGUCCGAAAUGUGUAAGCAAGGAUUCGACGACGCUUUGAAAUUCUUACAACGCAACAAUAUGAUUAGUUGUACCAAAUGUUUGAGCGUUCAAAGGACAAUAUCGUUAACUCACAAUAUACAUAAACAAAAACACGAACAAAACGAAUCGUACGAUCCUCAAUGCGAAGAAUGUGUCUACCAUAUAAAAGAAGCUACGAGUUCAAAGUUACCCGAAUCAGUGCUGCAGAAUUUCGAAAGUUCGAUCGAAAUGGCCAAUAAAGAGCUUGCCAAUUGGUUAUACAGGCAUCGCAGCUUGAAAAUCGUAUCGAUCGUUAGUUUACCAUAUUUCUUCACAGUGGAUUUGAUACUGGCUAUUUUGAAAAAAUUGCGCGAAAUUACUCCAGACUUGCAGGAUAAGUGGGCCACAAUACGUAAACACUUGGUUGAUGUACUCCUCAACAUUCUGCACAAACUCAACAAAACUGACUUGUUUUUGGUAUCCAAAGUUUAUGGUCCUUUAGCGAUUUCCACUUCCGCAGAUGAAAAACGAAAUGCUAGUCCACCCGAUGAGAUAACAGGCCGGAAGGAAGUGAUUCAACUCGAUUUCGAUUCUGAUAUUGUAAUCAACACGAUGGAAAGUGACGCAGCUAAGAAUGAAGAAUCUUUUGUAAUAAAUCCCACUGAAAUGACGACGGUGCAUGACGACGCUUAUGAUAAUUUAAUCGAGACUAUUGAUCACCACGAAUCGCUAAUGGCGUUUUAUUACAUGGAUGACAGUGAUAAGAUGAACGUAGUGGAAUUCUUCGAUGUGACUCGUGAUGCUGGAGAAAGUUGUGACACUACAGACGCCGAGCAAUCUGGUCCUAGAGAAAAUCAUCACCAGCAUAAUCAUCAUCAUCACCACCAUAACCAUCAAACUCAUCACCGUCAUUCCCAACCAACCUUAACUCACACAUACAUGCACGGUUGGAAACUGGAAAACGGUGAUAUUUCCAGCGUUAUUCAUUCGACCGAAGAUGACUGUGAAGACAAUGUUUCCAGUAAAACCGACUCAAACGAGCAAAUAAAUGUUUCUUCGGACCCAGAAAGUGAAUGGAGUAGAAAAAAUGACCAGACAGAGAAUCAAAAUACUCUUCCAGAACCUGAACAUCGUUUCGUCAAGAAAUCCUCGAAAUCAGUUAUCAUUGUUACUUGAAAGGAAUGGAGAAUUUUUUUUAAAAGUGAUACCUACUUAGUUUAUGUACAAGAAGUGGUUUACUGGUACUGAUUUUCUUUGUUUUUAAAGUCUCGCUUCGUUGCUGUAUUUUUGUAUUUUUUUUUCGGUUGUGGAAUUAUCUUCAUUCCUAUCAAUUUCUGUUCCUUUUUUCUUCUCAGUUGAAUAGGUAUCAAAGUUUUGCCGGGAGUUUUUUUUUUUUUUUUUUUUGGCUAUUUCAGUAUUAGCUUUUAGAUGAACGUUUACUUACUAUACCCUUGCUGUGCUGAAAUAUUCAAGUUCGAGUUGAUCAUCUGUAUCGGAUUAGUUUCAUUUUUAUUAUUUUAUCUUUUAUUAUUUGGUUUCUAUCAUUAAAAUUAAGCUGAAUCGUCUUAAAUGUCAUGCCGAAGUAGAGUAGGUAUAGAUAAGUUCUUGUUUUUACACUUUUGUGUAAGAAAAAAUGUAAUACCUAGCCUCAUUGCUAUGAUAGAUCAUUAUACUUAAUAAUCUACUUGCUUCUUAUAUUAUUAAACUAAUAUUUUUUCUACUCUUUUUUUUCAUUUUUUUGUUCCUAUUGUAUUUUUUUCAACUUCUAGAAUGUUUUUUGUUCAUUUUUGUAAUGUUAUGUAUGUUUUAUUUAUUUUAUUAGCGUUGAUAUUAUCAAAGUGUUCAUUAUACUUGAAGAAUCUCUUGCUUAAGGUGGAUCUUUAUUAUUUUGAAUAGUUGGAAAUUGAAAAGCUAAUUUACAGGCAUCAACGCUUUGUUGUAAGUUAAUUAUUUUCUCAAUUAUAUUGUUUUUUUUUCCCUUUGAAAAA